UUAAUUCACGUAUUGCACAUCAACUUGUUGCUCAAAUUUAACUUUAAAAAUGUAAAUUUCACUGAUCUUUUUCUUCGUAGCAUCAACGUUUUUUUUUGCUAUUGUUACAACAUUCAGACUUUACGCACUGAAAUCAAAUGAACACACUGAAGUCGGAAAAACGACGUCCCUACCCGGAAAUUCGGAGCACCGGGCAGCAUUUGAAUGCAGCACAAGUCAGCGAGGUACGCUGGGAGUGUCCCUGUCCCCGCCGAGUUAAACGAUUUCAAAUCAUGGGCCUGAAAGUAGCUGUGAGUUGCACAGUGUUGUAUACUCUGCUGGAUGUGUGUGUCACCACUGUCCUGUACACACAUGGCUCACACCUGAGUGUCUUCAAAGAAGAUGCACAGAACUUUAACAUCCUUCUGUCAACACUGGACCUUUGGGGGACUGCACUGAUGAGAUCCUCCAUUCUGUUAGGAGCCUCUUUGGGGGUCUCGUUGAAUAGAAGAGACGGCCCAUUGAGGGUAGCCAAACUCACCACCCUGGUUCUCUUCAUCUGUCUCGUCGUCAUCACUUAUACGUUGGCCAAGCUGCUGAUGCUGAACGAGCUGGGUCCUCUGGAGCAUCAGCCCUGGUUCCUGAGCCUCGUUUGUUGGACGUGUGCCUCCUGUCUGGGCGUCAUGCUGCUGUGGAGGCUGCUGGGGGCGGAGUCAAACUCAGCAAGCCAUCACAACAUGUGCAACAAGGGAGGUGAAGGAGGCUCUGAGGACACAGAGAAGCUUGUGGAGGCAGAUGGUGAGGAGGAGGAGAAGGAGAAGGAGAAGAUCAGCACUGAGGCAACAUUAGGACGUCUGCUGGCAUACUGCAGGAAGGACGGUGGUCUGCUGUCUGUAGCUGUCCUCUUUCUCCUCAUCUCUGCUGUGUGUGAAGCCUUUAUACCGUACUACUACGGGAAAGCAAUCGACAGCAUCGUGGUGGACAAGAGCAUGGAGCACUUUGCUAAACCUGUGAUCACAGUGUCUAUACUGGCUCUGGCCAGGUGGGAAUAUGAUCUUCAUUUGAUGAGGCAGGAAAUCGCCUUCUUUGAUGAAAACCAUACAGGUGACAUCAUUUCUCGUCUGUCGGCUGACACCACCCAGGUGAGUGACCUCAUCUCAGUAAAUGUCAACAUCUUUCUGCGGAGCACCAUCAAGGGCGCCGGCUUCUUCAUCUUCAUGUUUGGGAUGUCCUGGAAGCUCACACUGGUGACCGUCAUGGGAUUCCCCUUCAUCGCUCUCAUCUCCAAACUGUAUGGAAAAUACUACAAGAAAUUGACCAAAGAGGUGCAGACAACCCUCGCAGAAGCCAACAAGGUGGCAGAAGAAACCAUUUCCUCCAUGAGGACGGUGAGAAGCUUUGCCAACGAGAGCGAGGAGGCCAACAACUACUACAGCAAGCUAUUAGUAAUGUUCCAGCUCAACAAGAAACAAGCCCUGGCCUACUCCUGCUACAUGUGGUCCAGCUGUAUCUCAGAGCUGGCUUUAGAGGUUGCUAUUCUCUAUUAUGGCGGUCACCUUGUAGUAACGGGUCAGAUGAGUAGUGGUGCCUUGAUAUCAUUCUUCAUAUAUAUGCUGGACUUGGGAGAAUGUCUUGAGAAUAUUGCAUCUGUUUACACGGGACUGAUGCAAGGAGUGGGAGCAGCUGAGAAGGUUUUUGAAUACCUGGAUAGAACACCUAAACACCCAGCUGAUGGCACAGAGGCUCCAGACACAUACACGGGUCUGGUGGAGUUUAAAAACAUCACAUUUGCCUACCCAACACGCCCGGAAACUGAAAUUCUCAAGGAAGUGUCAUUUACUCUGCGGCCAGGCGAGGUCACAGCCCUUGUGGGACCUUCUGGCAGUGGAAAAAGUUCCUGUGUAAGUCUCCUGGAAAACUUCUACCCUCCUCAGGAAGGCCAAGUGCUGCUGGAUGGAGAGCCUGUUCACAUUUUACAGCAUGACUAUCUCCACUCCAAGGUAGCUCUCGUGAGCCAGGAGCCUGUGCUGUUUGCCCGGACAGUGAAGGAGAACAUCACCUAUGGCCUGACUGACAUCCCCUUGGAGGCUGUAGUGGAGGCUGCUAUCAAAGCUAAUGCUCAUGAGUUCAUCACCUCCUUCCCUAAGGGCUAUGAGACACUUGUUGGUGAGAAAGGAACCCACUUGUCUGGGGGGCAGAAGCAAAGGGUGGCCAUUGCAAGAGCUCUCAUCCGUAAUCCUCGCGUCCUCAUACUUGACGAGGCGACCAGUGCUCUGGAUGCAGAAAGUGAGCACUCUGUUCAGCAGGCUCUGAAUGCAGUCAUGAAAGAGUGCACGGUGCUGGUGAUUGCUCAUCGGCUCAGCACGGUGGAGAAGGCAGACAACAUCAUUGUGAUCGACAAGGGCCGUGUGGCUGAGCAGGGUUGUCACAGUCAGCUGAUGGAGAAUGGGGAACUGUAUUAUAAGCUGGUGCAGAGGCAGGUGUUGGGCAUGGAGACAGGUUUGGAGGUCGCCAAUGCUCCAAAGAAACAAAGCUGGAAGUCAGACGGUGGAGGGCAGAAGAGAAGACAAAGCAGCAGCAGUGAGUCAGAGUGCACUUUACGCUACUGACAAUGAAAGACCGGUUAUCACACACAGACAGACACACACAUGUGUUUAAAUACCUCAUCGUGCUCCAAAAAGAAUGAAUUACUCUUUUACUUUAUUGUUUCCAUAGGAAAGUUUCUGCUUUAUAUUGAAUGAAUUAAGUUUGACGAUGCUUUGUGUAGUUUGCUUUUCAACCAUAUAACUUGAAACUGGUAGUAAAGUGAAGGGGAGGGAACAUAUGUGCCUUUAUAUGUGAAACUCAGUGCACUUUAGAAAGCUAAUGUUGUGUGGGGUGAAGACAAAUCAAAGCAGCACAAAUAGAGAUAACUCAUGUCAGUUUUAAAAUCACUAGAAAUGACAAACACUAAAUAAUGAUAAUCCAUAUUAGCCCUUAGCUUCAAGCUAAAUGCUGCAUUUUUCUUUUACUUCUAAUGUGAUGAUCUGAUUUACUUGUAAGCAUGGAUUGUGACACAUUUUGUGUUUUGAAGCUUUAAAUAUGAUGAGCUUUCUUCUCUGUUGUGUUUUUAGAAUAUGAUUUGGCAGUAGCCCGUUUCCUGCACGUGACAGAUAUGUGUGAACUCUGCGUGUGUGCUUGGUUUGGAGGAGUUUUGUCCAUUCAACCAACUCUCCUCAGAGAUGUUUAAUUUUAGAGAAAUCAGCAGUACAAAAGCAUGAUCUGUUACGGAGAGGUUGAUUGGAUCCUGAGCCUGAAAGCAAAGCUCUGGAUUUACCGCUCGAUCUCCAUUCCAACCCCUCACCUGAGGUCAUGAGCUUUGAGUAGAGACUGAAAGAAUAAGAUCAAGGAUACAAGCGGCUGAAGCGAGUUACCUCUGGAGGGUUUCUCAGCUUUAGAGAGAGGGGGAGGAGCUUAGACAUUCAGGGGCAGCUCGGAGUAGAGCCGUUGCUCCUUUGCAUCGAAAGGAUCCAGGUGAGGUGGUUCAACAUCUGAUCAGGAUCCUCCUGGACCCCUCCCUUUAGAGGUUUUCCAGGCCCACCCAACUGGGAGGAGACCCCGGGGUGGACCCAGAGUUCACUGGAGGGAUUAUAUAUCCCGUCUAGCCUGGGAACGCCUCAGUUUACCCCAGGAGGAUCUGGAAAACGUUUCUGGGGAGAGGGAAGUCUGGGUGGAUUUACUGCUCCUGCUGCCACUACGACCCGACCUCAGAUACAAGGAAGAUGAUGGAUGGAUGAUUGGAUCCUGUUGUGUUGUUCCUGUGCUUACCUCAACAAAGAAGUUAAAACCCCAAAA